AUGCACUAUCACCUGCGGCACAUUUUACGUGUCUCUGUUACUGCUCUGCUCUGCUCAAGCGAUGUCGUCGUCGUCGCAGCGAGUAGUUCACCGUCGAGCACCGCCAACUUUUCCGCCUUUGUAGACUCGCAGGUUCUCACCAAUCCUUUCCCUUACUACUAUCCGCAAGAAAAUGCCACGGCCGCCCAGCUCUUCGCCAUGCCCGCUUGCAAAGGCGUGGUUAUAGAGGAUGCGACUCUCGACGAGCUGCAGCAAUACUUGUCCAACGGCACCCUGACCAGCGUGGAUCUGGUCCACUGCUACCAGCAACGCUCUUUCCAGACAGGCGAGUACAUCAACUCCGUCCUCGAAAUGAAUCCAGAUGCGCUCUCCAUCGCCGCCACGUUGGAUGAAUACCGAAAGCAAGGUUUCAACUCUACGUCUCCACUGUAUGGAAUUCCGUUCCUCGUCAAAGACAACUUCGCCUCCAAGGAUAAAUUGCAGACCUGUGCGGGAUCCUGGGCCCUACAGGGAAACAUUGUGCCUCGCGACGCAUUCGUUGUGCGCAAGCUGCGCGAAGCUGGUGCAAUCCUCAUGGGCAAAUCGACACUGAGCGAGUGGGCCGACAUGCGGACCAGCAACUACUCCGAAGGAUAUUCUGCUCGCGGUGGACAAGCGCGGAACUCGUACAAUUUCACUGUCAAUCCUGGUGGGAGCAGCACCGGGAGCGCCAUCGCAGUGGCGAACAAUGUCAUCCCAUUCGCGCUGGGCACGGAGACCGAUGGCAGCGUCAUUAACCCAGCCGAGCGUAAUGCUAUAGUAGGCAUCAAGCCGACAGUCGGCCUGACGUCGCGGGCGGGCGUGAUACCAAUCACGUCCCAUAUGGACACGGUCGGCACGUUCGGCAAGACGGUGCGAGAUGCUGUUUACGUCUUGGACGCCAUCUACGGCGUAGAUGCGCGUGAUAAUUAUACGUCUGCACAGACGGGCAAAACGCCUAAAGGUGGCUACGUGAGCUCGCUCGCAGGAAAAGAAGCUCUCAAGGGGGCGCGGUUCGGCAUUCCGUGGCUGUCUUUCUGGCAAUGGGCCGAUCAAGAACAACUUGACAACUUGCUGAACAUUGUAGAAAUUCUCAAGGAUGCUGGCGCGACUAUUGUCAACGGAACAGAGUUGCCAUAUUGGCAGACGAUCGUGUCGCCAAACGGAUGGAACUGGGACUACGGCAGCACGCGUGGCUACCCAAACGAGUCGGAGUUCUCGUAUGUCAAAGUGGACUUCUACAACGACAUCAAGACCUAUCUUGCGGAGUUGACCAACACGGACAUGCAUUCGCUCGAGGACCUUGUGCAGUACAACAUCGAUAACCUGGGCACUGAAGGGGGCACACCCGGUAUCCAACCAGCCUGGGGCUCUGGGCAAGACCAAUUCCUCGACUCUCUCGCCACAAAGGGAAUCAUGAACUCCACCUACUGGGAGGCAUUAUCGUUCUGCCAUCGCACAACGCGCGAGGAUGGCAUCGACGCUGCUCUCGCGGCCAACGGCAGCGCGGUCGAUGCACUGCUUGCCCCACCUGACAACGCUCAGAGUUACCAGAUUGCUGCCCAGGCAGGAUACCCUGUCGUCACGAUCCCGGCAUGGGUCCAUUCGCUCAGCGGGAUGCCAUACGGCUUCUCCUUCAUGGGAACAGCGUUUAGCGAAGCGAUCUUGAUUCGCUAUGCGAGUGCAACUGAAGACCUCUUGAUCUCGAGCGGGUCGAAGUACCAGAGGGCGAAUACGAAGCCGCAGUGGGAAGGAUAUUUGUUGAGGAACUUGCCGUUGGCCAAUCAGUGCUUUGGUUGUUAG